AUGCUUUCCUGCACGUCACAAUCAAAAAAGGGAGAAGAGCACCGGAAAAGGGUUUUGUGGAUCCUGAAGAACAUGAUGUCCGGCGUGCUUGGCGACGAAGAACUUGGAUUUCCUCUUCGCGUUAGCUCGUAUUGAUUCUUCUUUUUUUUGUCAUGCAUUUGCAUAGUGCUCCACACGAUACGAAAAUUGAAAUGCAGAAUGUAUGAUUAUCAGCAUCACAUUUUUCUUCAGGUACCGCCGCAAGAUGCUGAUGGACGCCUUGAUGUCGAAGCCUGGCACUGAGGAGCAAAUGCGCGGGUCGCGAGUGCUGAACGGUUUUGCGCGGCAGCUGGUCAGUAGUCAAAAACGCCGGAAUGCUGGCUCGGCGUCGGAACCGAACCUGCUGAGUGCGGAGUUGACAUAAAGAAACACAAAUAACAAGCAGGAAUUUUACACAAUGAAACGCAAGACUGAAAAAAAACAGUAGUUUCUGUUUCGCUUUGUUUCGUCUUGUUUCUACCCGAGCAAGACUGACGACCAUCAUGCCAGGAGGAGGAUGAAGUAGCACAAGUUUUGGUUAAUAACUCAGAAUGUUCCUACUUUUGACAAUUGAACAAAUAAGCGCGGCUUCGUCGCGUAUUUGGUUGAUAUGUCCGAGAUUUUCACGGGCUUGUUGUUUAUCAUGAUCAUGUACAGCUCUGACGUCAUGAUGUUCAUGAAGCAAGUGGGGCUAGGCAGCUUCGGCAUGCGGCACUACGGAAGAUGUUUUCCAAGUCAACAUGGUCAUCGUCUGGUUUACCGAUACAACUCUCCAGUUGUGACCACGUAGUUUUCCAAUUGAUCUUCAUUUUUGCGCUAUGCAGCCUCACCUCGUGCGCCUGCGUUGCCUUGCCCUUGUUUUACGAUGUGGCGUCGCGUUUUCAGUCUUUACGGCACAUCUGUAGAGGCACACGCGGCCGCUCGGAAGCAAAGCAGCCCGCCGCGACGUUUUUACUCGCGCGCGCCAAAGGUUUCGGCGCAGGGGUGUUGCGCGUGCGCGUCUCAUAGGGUGGCCGGGAAUAAAAAAAAGCUUGCUGGCCACCGUGCGGAGCCACUGCACGAGCCGCGGCGCCACUUCGCGAAAACAUUAAAAGCGAACAAAAACAAAUGCUCCGCGCGCAGGUCGCGCAAACAAUUCUCAAAGCCAAGAAGUUGGGCCCUCCGUGUGGAGGGUUGAGUGAGAAUGUCGUGACUCCUUGGACAGGAAAUUUCGGCUUCUUCUUGCGUCGCUAGCGGCCCACAAAGAAACCGGCCCCUCCGCCCGGAGGGGGCGGUUUCUUUUGGACCCGGAAGUACCAAAAGCGCCGACUUUCGUUGUUUUCUGGGUAAAAGGUAGCGGUCCGGCUAUCAAACAAACCGCCCCCUCCGCGCGGAGGGGCCUGUUUCUUUCUGGGCCGCCAGCGGCGGAAGAAGAAACCGAAAAUCAGAAAUCGACCCCUCCGCGCGGAGGGGUCGAUUUCUUAUUUUCGGAACGGCGCGCGCAGCGCGCCGAAAAUUUUUUUUGUUGUUGCAUCCAGCACUGGCCUCGGAAACAAGUCGUGGGCCACGCCUCCGCGCGGAGGCGAGGAUUUCUUGUUUUCCCAGUGCGGAGCAAGAGCAACGACAACGGCGGGCCAUUCCUGAGGAGGUGGGCGCCGCGGUUGUCUGGUUCCUUCCUUAUGGGGCAUAGUGCGCGCGCACCGGCGCCGUGUGGUUGCGCUCCUUAAGGCGCAUGUAGCGUGGUGCGUGCGUUGGUGCGGGCCUUUUGUCCGAGGGUAGCGCCUGUCGUGCAGGCGCCGCUGCAUGGGAUUCCGCUCCUGAGCUCGGUGGCGACUCGCGAGGGACUAAGGGUAUGGGCAUGCAUGGGACACCGGCGCCACGACAAAGCCAGCCAACGGAUUGUGUCUUUGUUUGAGGCGCGCCACGUUUCGCCCUACCUUUUUUCGUUGUGUUGUUUCUGGAAAAUCAAAACUCAUGGUCAUGCGGCAACUUUUUGCGCCCGGCGGUGUAGGGAUCGACCUUCCUUGGAGUUAACUCUGCAGUAGUGGCGCCCGGCUUUCUUACAAGCUGCCGGACGCCUUGUGCGAUCGAUCGGCGACGCACGACUCUCCCCUGCCUUCGCCAAGGCAGCCGCAGUUUCUCUGGCGCCGGGCAAUCUGCUUAAAUUAUUGAAGUAUCUGCUUCUACUACCUGAUACACAGUAUUCAGUUGUG